AUAGCCUUACCGGUCUAACAUAUAAUUCAUAAUUUACUGCACGAAAAAACAUUGUACUUUUAAGAGAGCGUAAACCAUCACCUGGUUCUGCUUUAUUCUGUUUUCCUUCCAUUAUAAAUUGCAGUUAUGUACUUUACGUAAUUUAUUAUUUACUUCUAAUCUUCAAGUUUCUAAAACAGACAUAAAUUUUUUCAUUUCAACGUUUCCCUCUAUUUUCUAUGCACAUAAUCAAAACAUUUUGCUCCGCGUCGCAUGCGAUAAAAAUUUUCGUCGAAAAUGGUGAGGAAAUUAAAAUAUCACGAGCAGAAGUUAUUAAAGAAAGUUGACUUCAUAUCAUGGCAAGUGGACAAUAAUUUAAAGGAGGUAAAAAUUCUGAAACGAUUUCGAAUACAAAAAAGAGAAGACUAUGCAAAGUAUAAGAAAUUAGCACGUUAUAUUCGGGAAUUAGGCAAUAAACUUAAAGAAAUUGAUGCAGAACACCCUUUUCGAAUUGAACAAUGUGCGCUACUGUUGGAAAAAUUAUAUAUGAUGGGAUUAAUACCAACAAAAUGGGAUUUAUCAUUAACGCAAAAGGUGAAUGCAACUGCCUUUUGUAGAAGACGAUUACCAGUUGUUAUGGUACGGAAUAAGAUGAGUCAAAAUAUUAAAAUGGCAACACAAUUCAUAGAACAAGGUCAUGUCAGAGUAGGUGCAGAAGUUGUAAAAGAUCCAGCAUUUUUAGUAACUAGAAAUUUGGAAGAUUUCGUUACUUGGGUGGAUACAUCUGCUAUUAAGAAACACGUAUUAGAGUACAAUGAUCUUAGGGACGAUUUUGAUAUGGUGUAAACGAAACAUACAUAAUCAAAAAUAGUCACAUUUUGUACAUUUUAUAUUUACACCACUUUUAACAAGAUUAUAAAAGACAAUUUUAUUUAA